ACCCUGAGCAGUGCGUCGUUUGCUCUGUCGAUCCCGCGUAAGAUUUGUGGUGCCUCUGCGUGGAUAUUCGUCGCAUUUUCUACCUCAUAUGCACGUUGGCAUCGUGACAUCAGGAUAUCAGAUGCAACUGCUUUUCUUGCGACUUUACUUAGACGGUUAGUUCUCUCCGGUACUAAUAUAAAUAGCAGCUUCCUUAGCAAGCUUCUGAAUUCUCUUCUUACUUACCUACAUAUUUCCGCUCUACGAAGAAAUCCAUUCCACCAUAGGUUGCCCCUCAAUCUACUAUUAACUGUAGCGCAUUGUCAAGUUAGUAUCAAUUCCAUCAAUUCCACCAUCAUACUACCUAAAGAGAAGACCAGUCGACCAUAACCAACGCGAUGCGCUUGUCAACAACUUUCAAUUUGGUCGCCAUGGCCGCCGCUCCCAUCUUUCUCCGACCAGUAUCAGGAUGGUCAUUCACUAUGUAUGAUACUGAGGAUUGUAGCAACUCGACAAACUCGGACGCGGUCGCAGAUAGAGUGGAACGACAAGGCGAUGUCGAUUGCGACGUAGUCCUAAAUGCGGACCAGCAUAAAUCGGUCCUUGGUGGAGUCCCGGCUGGAAGCGAGUGCCGCAUUUCAUUCUAUCCCGUCAAGGAUUGCGGAGGCAGAGUCGCGUUUAGCUUGACACAAGACACUACAUCUUGUCUCUCCAUUGAGGACCUUGUUGCACCAUUGGCAUAUUAUAGCGCUACGGAUUGUGCCUAAUAAAACAGCUCGAGUAUGAAGAAAGUGUGGGGAUGUUGUGAGGAAGUAGGAUGAAAGAAAACCUAGGAGGUGGUUAUGUCAAGGAAAACACUUGAAUUGAAAAACAUUGAGAGGACAACAUUAGAAACGGGCUGACACGGUAACUAAAGUCAUAUAUUCCGUAUUACGUAUUGC